AUGUGCAUCGACUAUCGGGAGCUAAACAAACUAACGCUGAAGAACAAGUAUCCACUACCAAGGAUAGACGACUUGUUUGACCAACUUCGAGGGGCAGGAGUCUUCUCUAAGAUGGAUUUGAGGUCUGGGUACCAUCAGCUGAGGGUUCGGCGAGAAGAUGUACCCAAGACAGCUUUUCGAACAAGAUAUGGUCAUUAUGAGUUCGUUGUAAUGCCUUUUGGACUGACGAACGCCCCGGCAGUGUUCAUGGACCUUAUGAACCGCGUGUUCCAUCCAUUUCUGGAUCGGUUUGUCCUGGUUUUCAUCGAUGACGUGCUUGUUUACUCAAAGAACGAGGAGGAGCACAAAGAGCACUUGAGAACCGUCCUAGCAACUCUAAGGGACGAGAAACUAUAUGCCAAGUUCAGUAAAUGCGAGUUUUGGCUCAAGGAAGUAAAUUUUCUUGGACAUGUAGUAACUUCAGAUGGAAUUCGUGUAGAUCCGGCCAAGGUAGAAGCGGUGCAGGAGUGGAAGUCACCUUCUACACAAAACGAAAUCCGAAGCUUUUUAGGACUGGCGGGCUAUUAUCGAAGAUUCAUCGAGGGAUUCUCGAAGAUAGCAAGGCCAAUGACGCAACAACUGAAAAAGGGAGUCAAGAUGAUUUGGACGCCAGAAUGUGAGGCGAGCUUUCAGUUGUUGAAGGAGAAAUUGACCACCGCACCAAUCCUAGCUGUGCCGGAGCCAGAGACUGACUAUGCGGUAUAUACGGAUGCGUCGAAGGUGGGACUGGGAUGUGUGCUUAUGCAGAAGGGGAAAGUGAUUGCAUAUGCAUCGAGACAAUUGAAGCCCCAUGAACUGAAUUAUCCGACGCAUGACUUGGAACUGGCAGCUGUGGUACAUGCUUUGAAGAUCUGGAGACAUCAUCUUUAUGGAGUCCGUUGUGAGAUAUACACGGACCAUAAGAGUCUAAAGUACUUCUUUGAGCAAAAGGAGUUGAACAUGCGCCAACGUAGGUGGCUCGAGUUGGUAAAGGACUACGAUUGUGGUAUAAAUUACCAUCCGGGAAAAGCAAACGUAGUGGCCGAUGCUGGAAGGUUGUGUGUGCCUAAGGAUGAAGGCCUGAGGAUGGAAAUCAUGAGAGAAGCACAUGAAACCCCAUACGCUGCUCAUCCAGGGAGCACCAAAAUGUAUCAAGACUUGAAAAGACAGUUUUGGUGGAACGGUAUGAAAAAGCAUGUUGCGGCAUUUGUGGAGAGAUGCCUAGCAUGUCAACAAGUAAAGGCGCUACACCAACGGCCCUAUGGGAAAUUGCAACCCCUCGAGAUUCCGGAAUGGAAGUGGGAACAUAUUGCAAUGGACUUUGUGAUAGGACUGCCAAAAUCCCAGCGAGGGAACACGGUGAUUUGGGUGAUUAUAGAUCGCCUCACCAAAUCUGCCCAUUUUGUGCCGGUUCGUGCCACUUAUGGAUCCGAUCAGUUGGCUAAGGUAUAUGUACGGGAAAUUAUACGCUUGCAUGGAGUCCCAGCGACAAUCACAUCUGAUCGUGAUGCUAAAUUCACUUCUAGAUUUUGGACAAGCCUGCAGCGCGAGUUGGGGACUAAGUUGAAUUUCAGUACAGCGUUCCACCCGCAAACCGACGGGCAGUCGGAGAGAACGAUACAAGCAUUGGAGGACAUGCUACGAGCCGUGGUGCUAGAUCGAGGCGUAGGUUGGGAAGAAGUGUUGCCCUUGGUAGAGUUCGCUUACAAUAAUAGUUACCAGAAUGCAGCCAUUCAUCUUUCUAGUGUUUUUUCGAGCUUCAAGAACACAUUUGCAGCCGAUUUUAGUCGUUGUGUGUACGACUUUGAAGAAGAAUCGGAAUUUCUUGAUGCAUGGAACGAAAUACAGCAUAACAACUCAAUAAGUGAGUGCAUGAAUGCAGUUGUGAAGCAUUAUGUAAAUUACAAAAACAACAUAGUUGAGGUGUUCCGUCAUUUUCAAAGGUUGAUAGAUGAUCGUCGGGAGAAGUUAGUAGGAAAAGCAGUUGAGAGUGAAGAUAGUUAUACUUAUGCCAUAGAUUGUCUCUUGACAAUGGGAAAUGACAUUGAUGGAAUGGCAGGGAAGACAAAUAAUGUGACAGUUGAGGCAAAUAAGGUUGGAGACAUUUCAACUAAUGGUGAUAUCAAUGAAAGUCAAAUUAAAGGCGUGAAACCUAAAGGAAGGGAAUCUGAAGGGUCUAAACUCAUUAAUAAUGAGUACUAUAACUUGACAUACAAUGUUUUUGAUAAUCAAAGUACAUCAUGA